AUGCCCGGCUCAGAUGACUCUCGUAUCCCCGUGACCAUCCUGACGGGUUUCCUCGGAUCCGGCAAGACCACGCUCCUGAACCACAUCCUGGCCGACAACACCCAUGGUCUGCGUUUCGCGAUCAUCGAGAACGAGUUCGGCGAGGUCGGCAUCGACGAGAAGCUGAUCGCCUCGAAGGCUGGUCAGAAAGCCGAGUGCGACACUGAGGAGGUGAUGUGGAAUCUGAGGUUAUACUAG